GGCGCGGCGGACCAAUAGGAAAUGGGCAACUCAGAGGAAACGACCUGAGAAAAAGAACGAAGCGGAGGGCGUGCCUGCAGAUAGACCACGAGACACAGAACGGCGGGCGGUUGGAGAGCGCUGGACGAGGGUACCGGAGCGUGCGGCGGGGGCACGUGAGCGUGGGGGAAGAGCCCGGACCGUGACGCAGUGCCCGGGGAUCUGGCGGCCGCAGGGGCGGGGGGAGAGUUGAAUGGAGCUGAAGAAAGUGUCGCUGUUGUUGCUGCUGCUGGCGCAACUCGCCGUGACCGCGCUGGCCCAGGAGGAUGUAGUGGAAUCUGAUGGGGAGGAGGAAGAGGAGGAGGAUGAUGAUGAGGAGGAGGAAGAGGAUGACGAGUCAGUGAAGGAAGAAAAUGGUGUUUUAGUUUUGACUGAUGCAAAUUAUGAUUCCUUCAUUGCCGACAAAGAUAUUGUGUUGAUUGAAUUUUAUGCCCCUUGGUGUGAACACUGUAAACGAUUUGCACCAGAAUAUGAGAAGAUUGCAAGUGAGCUAAAAGAAAAUGAACCUCCCAUUCCAGUUGCCAAAGUUGAUGGCACGUCACAAACUAGCCUGGGCCAGCGGUUUGAUAUUGGCAUGUACCCCACCUUGAAGAUUGUGAAAAAUGGACAAACAGUUCAUUAUAAAGGAGCAUUGGACAAAGAAGAAAUUAUAUCUAAAGUGAAAGAAGUCGCUUCUCCCGACUGGGUUCCUCCACCUGACGCAGCCAUCACCUUGACUGAUGAAAACUUUGAAGAUGUUGUUAAUGAUGCUGAUAUCAUCCUAGUUGAGUUUUAUGCUCCAUGGUGUGGACACUGUAAAAAGCUUGCUCCACAAUAUGAGGAGGCUGCCCAAGAACUCAGCAAGCGUCCUGUGCCGAUUCCUCUUGCUAAAGUGGAUGCUACUGCUGAAACAAAGCUUGCUAGCAAAUACCAGGUCACUGGCUAUCCUACUCUGAAAAUUUUCCGCAAGGGUAAACCUUUUGAAUAUAAUGGACCAAGGGAUACAAACGGUAUUAUUGAACAUAUGAUUGAACAGGCGGGCCCACCUUCCAAACAAAUUCAAGUUGUAAAGCAAGUUCAGGAAUUCCUUAAGGAUGGUGAUGAUGUUAUAAUUGUGGGAAUUUUUAAUGGAGAACAAGAUCCAGCAUAUACCAUCUAUCAAGAUGCCUGUAAUUCCAUCCGUGAAGACUACAGAUUACAUCAUACCUUCAGCAGUGAAAUACAAAAUUUCUUAAAAGCAUCAUCUGGGCAGCUAGUUGUAAUGCAACCUGAAAAAUUUAAUUCGCCAUAUGAACCAAAAAUGCGUACUUUGACUAUCACGGAUAAUAUGUCCCAGUCUGAUGUGACUGAUUUUAUUACAAAAAAUAAUGUGCCUUUAGUUGGACAUCGUAAGCAAAGCAAUGAUGCAAAAAGAUACAGCAAGCGCCCAUUAGUUGUGGUAUACUAUGGAGUGGACUUCAGUUUUGAUUAUCGUGUGGCUACACAGUUCUGGAGGAAAAAGGUAUUAGAGGUUGCAAAGGAUUUUCCUGAGUAUACUUUUGCAAUUGCUGACGAAGAGGAUUAUUCAACAGAGCUAAAUGAUUUGGGUCUUGGAGACAGUGGUGAAGAAGUGAAUGUGGCAAUUCUGGAUGUAGGUGGCAAAAAAUAUGCAAUGGAACCAGAAGAAUUUGAUUCAGAUACGCUGAGAGAAUUUGUAAUAGCAUUUAAAAAAGGUAAAUUGAAGCCUGUUAUUAAGUCGCAACCAAUCCCAAAGAGUAACAAAGGACCAGUAAAAGUUGUAGUGGGCAAGACAUUUGCUGAAAUAGUUAUGGACAAAAAGAAAGAUGUGCUAAUAGAAUUCUAUGCACCUUGGUGUGGACACUGCAAAAAACUGGAACCUGUGUACUUGGAACUUGGUAAAAAGUACAAAAAUGAGGAGAACCUGAUCAUUGCAAAGAUGGAUGCAACAGCAAAUGACAUUCCAAGUGAUAAAUACAAAACUGAAGGCUUCCCUACUAUUUACUUUGCACCAAGCAACAAUAAAGAUAAUCCUAUUCAAUAUGACAAGGGUGAGCGAGACCUUGAUUCUUUGAGCAAAUUUGUGGAAGAACAUGCAACCAAGCUGUCAAGAAGCAAAGAUGAGCUAUAAGAAUUCUGUACUACUUUAUCCAAUUGUAGGGAACCUUGGAAGGACGAUAAACUUCCAACAAUGCAGUUUGGGAAUUAAGGUGAAAUGACUAGUUUCAAAACAAUUCCUUAAAACAAUCACUGGCAAUCGGAGAUUAAACCCUGUCCGCAAGAGAUUUGUUACAACCAGUGUAAUCAAAGUAUUUGCUGAGAAUGUGUGAAAUCACAAUUUUGUGAAGUUUGUAUGGUUUGUCAUCUUUAUAUUUUGGUAAAAAAUCUUCAAUAAAGAUCAUCCAAGGAAUAA